UUUUUUUUCAAUAAACCUACCAGUUAAACUGUAAGGGGUUAAACGGAAAAUUCCAUGGAGACGGUAGUCGGUGCUCUUAUUUGGGCGGGAAGCCCUACCUUCCUCCGGUAUCUCCGAUGUCAAGUCAAUCUCACCGCCGUCUCCUCCAUUCUCCGCUUCCAUGGAAAAGUACUUCGGCCCCUGUACGCGGCUUCCUGAGGCUCGGUUCACGCGAAGAUGGACGCGUAUGACAACGGAGAUAAAAGGAAAGAUGCCUCUCAGUUUUAGGCGCGAUGCUUCUAUACUUUUUCAUGAUUCGUUGGCUGAGCUUGGAGUCUUCGAGCAUGAUUAUAUCUUCCAGCCCCAGAAAUGUGCCUCUGCUUUGGCAUUGGUGGACGAUCCUGCUAAUUCAUCGACCUCCUUUUCAAGGAAGGGGAUUUCAGGACUGGAUUUUGACACCGAGGGAAUUUAUCUUGCCUCAAUAACAAAAGCAGGAUGCUUGAUUGUACAUGAGUUCGAAACAUUAUAUUGUGCAAUAUACGGUCCAAAAUCCAGUCAAUUGGUGAAUGGGACAAAAGAAUUUAUCCAUAUUUCCGUUGGCCAAGCAUUAGAUUCUGUUCGGUGGAAUCCAAUUAAUCAAGAUGAGGUAGCUUGUGCUACUAGAGAAAACCAUCACAUUUGUCUUAUCAAUAUCUUUCAUUUCUCAUCCAAAGAAGCACAAGUACUAUGCAGCCAGAAGGACCACACUAUGGAGCACGCCAAUGGAUUAUCUGAAGUAUUAUUUGCUUCGGAUGACAAGUCAAGGUUGUUUGCUUCUGGUUUAGAUGGCAAUGUUUAUGUUUGGGAUACACGAUUGUCCAAUCAUCCAUGCCUCACGCUUACAACUAAUUCACGAAGAGAACUUAAUAGCAUUGCACUAUACCAAGAUCAGGUUGUAUUAGGGGCAGACAAAUGUGGAUUUAUUCACUCUUGGGAUAUUCGCGGAGGACAGUCAUCUCAUGCUUUUCAAAGUCACAAUCAGAGGUCUCUUUACCCUUCAAUAUCCAUAAAGUUAUCGGCUGAGCUGGAGAAAAUCUCAUCUUUGAAGGCACAGACAGACAUUCUUCCAAAAGAAAUCCACAGCAUCAGCAUCAAUCCAUCUUGUUCCAGGCAGUUAGCUUUCCAUCUGGUUGAUGGCUGGUCUGGGGUUCUGGAUCUUAGCGAUCUUGUGGUGACACAUGUGCACUGUCCACCUGCUGUGUUGGAUGGAACAGUUAUAUCAACAAAGUCAAUUAUAAGAAGACCGUCUUGGUUCCCAACAUUCUCAACAUAUGCAGUUGGGUCUGUUGCAGAUAAAGGAUUGUAUCUGCUUGACUUCUUUCCAGGCAAACACUCAGCAUGCCAUGUGGAUUUCGAUCCGGAAUCAAGGAGCAAUUCUCCAGACUGCAGUAGAAUUCCAGAAAACAAAUAUAUUCCUGUAUCAGAAAACAUUCUAGCUUGUGCAAUUCAUCCUCAUAACGAUACCAUAAUUGCUGGGACUAAGGAAUCGUCUUUAAUGGUGAUCUCUCAGAAGCAUAAGGUUGACAAUGGUGAUUAAAUGCUACUAAUACCUGAAGGCGGUUAAGUUAAGAUUAUAAACCAAAUGAAGCUUAUGAAUUGGCAACGCUCUCCCUGGUCUGCACAUAGCAAGUGAACACUCCACCAGGCUUUUUAACAUACUGCUCAUUUGUUUACUACAAGGCUCAUGAUGAUCCUAGAAAGGGAAAUGAGGAAGCACUUUGAUGAAGCAACUGUGAGCCAAUUCAACCCCUUACGCACUUGAAACCUCAUAAGUACUCCCUUCUUUGUGGUUUUUCUGAUGUCUAUUACCUUCAUAAAUGGUAGGAACCAUUUUGAACCUAACUGAUAUUCCAUCAGUGAUAUGGAGAAUCAAUUCUCCAAAAGAACGAAUAAAGCAAACAUUCGCUUUGGCAU